AUGGGGCCUCUUGGGGGGCAAUCCAGCGCUCCAAGGCGCUUUGCGGAGAGCCCGACGCCAGCCCGUUCUCCAACGGAAGAAUUUUACCAAGAAGAGAUGCGCGAGGCCGAGAAUCAGGCCGAAGAGGUGGAGCGGAUGGCAGCUGCAGAGGAGGAACAAAGAAGGGCUUUAAAUGCCCCAUUGGUUGCUCAUGUUGCCACCGACGACGAGCCUCGGAGCGAGGAGCCACCGGUCGUCCUCGAUGCUCUUCAAGUGGAUCGUAUGGUUCCAGACAACGAGGAAGAGGGCCUCGAGGAGGAGAGCGAAUCGGAUGCUUCUCCGUUGACGAUGGAGGAACAGACGAAUGCGGGGACGGAACCUCCUCCAAGUUUCAAGCCCCUGGAAACCGAGUCCUGGGGUACUUGGACCGCUGGGCCGACUCGAAAAGAGUUAUUCCUGAAGUGGGAGGCCGCUAUCUAUGCAGAUGCUGGGCAAUACGAUGUGUGGGAAAGUCACCACAGGAUGGGCGAACCCAUCCCUUUGUGUCGGGACUGCCUAGGGCACCCGAUCAAUAUGCUCAGCAAGGUGGCCCACGACCCCGACUACCUUCCCAAGUACUGCACCGGUGGGGCUUUGCCGGCAAUGGACUUGGAGCCGGAUCAGGUCGAGUGUGUCCCGGUUUGCCCUGGAUACGUUUCGAUGAAUUCGUGCUCGUGGGCCCAUGGAAUUAUACCCCCGGAACGGUGCUACAUCCUCCAAGAGCCCAAAGAUCUGGAAAGAUACUUUGGUCCAAAACGCUUCGCGGAGGUAGAAAUCCUCACGACAGAGCUCUUGGAUGCCCAUUACAAGAUUUUGGACGAACUCAACGAGGCCGAAAGUCUUCGAGGAUUCGGUGUCACGGAGGGGAUGGUGAGCAAGGCCCUCGAAGAGGUGUCUUCCUCACUUACCAGUGGUGCCUCAUUCCACCCUCAUGUUCGGCCGAAUUCCAAUGUGCAUACGCUCAUUUACAAGUACCUACUUCGAGCAGCACGAGUGCUUCGUGUGCACAGCAUUCACAGCCAUCAGUACUACGACAUCGAGGCUACCCUUUUGGCGCCACCAGAUGGAGUACAAGGAUGGCACGUGGAUGUGUGUUGGGAUCUUCUGGGUCGACAGCUUCGAAGCAGGGCCCUCGAGUUCCACAAGAUGGCCGAAGAUCGUCGAGCAAAGCGUGCUCAACGUCCAAAGGCGCGACCUGCGCCACCACCGAUCGAAGAAGAUUCUACCUCGGAAGAGGAAGAGGACGUCGAUUCGUCCAUCCUCAAGGAAUACACCGAGCUGGGGUGGUACGUGCAGAAGGUGCUCGAGGAGAUUCGUGGUGGAAAUUUGGCGCCAUCUCCGAAGAUCUACUUGGAAGGCCAAAUGGUGAAUGCCCCCUCGACUUAUGGAGGUUCACAGAGGCCGGCGGAACCACCUUCACCGGCAAUGUUGCCGACGGAGCCGCCUUCACCAUCGGGAGUUUUGGCCCCAACGGAACCACCAUCACCCGCGGAAUCCAUGGUGCCACCUCCUCCACCAGUUCCUCGGUUCAAAAUGCCUCAAAGGCCUCCACGUCCUUUGAGCGGAGAAGGAAACUAUUCGGUGUGGGAUCUCCUAAACACACCUGUGGAGCCUCCAUCGCCAAUGUCCCCGGUGCCCACGGAGGUAGCGGAUCGCGGCCGUUCCAGAAGCCCACGAAGGCUGCGACAUUCGGAUGUAGUAAGCGAGGCAAGGGCCGCUAUAAGCGAGGCCGAAGCCGCUCUUCGCUAA